AUUGUUAUCUUUUUUAACUUUUAUUUAUUUUGCAAUAUAAUAUUCCUUCUUCUUACACAUAUAUCACUUCAUUCUCUCCCAUUUUUGCACUUUCUCCCCUCCGCAUGCAUCUCUACUUUUCUCCUCUCUACUCCCUGCAGCUCUCUAAUUCUACUCUCUCCCUCACAAAUAUGGUUGGGUGCUCAAGGGAGCCGGAGUGGGUGACGGCGUUGUUGCGGAGUGAAUUCUUCGGGUCGUGCGUCGAUCACAGCGAUCGUCGCAAAAGCGAGAGGAAUAUGUUCUGUAUUGAUUGUAGCCUCGGAUUCUGCAAACACUGUAUUGCUUCUCCGUCGCAUUGUAUUCGUCACCGUUUGCUCCAAAUCUGCAAGUAUGUUUAUCAGGAUGUUGUUCGUCUACAAGACAUCCAGAGAUAUCUCGAUUGCUCUCAUAUUCAAACCUACAAAAUCAACGGCGAGAAGGCGGUUCAUUUGAAUCCACGGCCACGAUCCAAAGAUAGCAAAAACUGCAAACAGAAAGGAGGUUCGUGUUGUGAUGCAUGUGGGAGGCAUAUUCAAGAAUUCCCAAAUCGCUAUUGCUCUAUUGCAUGCAAAGUUUCUGACAUUUAUAAAGAGUGUAAAAAUGAGAAGAUAAUAUCGAUCCGGAUUUCGCAGUUUGAUCAUCAUAUCUCCUCCAAGGAAAAUACAACUGAAAAUGAGUCUUGCAGUUCCUUAACAGAGUCAUCAGAGGUAAUUCAAGUUUGGGUAAGCUCAGCCUUAAAGCCAAAGAAGCAACUACACAAGAGGAAAGGUGUUCCAUGUAGGGCUCCUCUAUGCUAAUAAUUCCUACAUACCACAAGCAAGAAAAAAGUUAUAUUAUUAUUAUUUUUUUGUUUUAUAUUAUUCCUCUUUAAAUUAUUUUUUUGGGUGGAAUUUAAUUAUAUUGGUUGGUAAUUUCAAUAAAGCCACUGCACAUUAAUUUCACUACUACAUAGAUAGAGGAAUAUAUAUAAUAUAUGAGUUAUGGAUUAGUUGAAGUUGUGUUCCCCACCUUUGUCUGAAAAGAACAAUAACAACAACGUUUGGUGGGUUGUACUUGUACAUCAUCAGCCUGGUGGUUUUUGCGGCUAGCUACAUCAAUGAUUUUCCACUUUGUACCUGUA